CACACGCACACACACACGCACACACACACACACACACGGUAAUCCAGCAGGCUUGUGCCACUGUGCGUUCUGUACUUUUGGAAUUCUCAUGAAUUCCCAACGGAUGGUGGCAGGACGCUUCACAUUUUGUGGAUUUACAUCCAUCAGUAGCGUCACGUCAGAGCCUCUACGUUGGAGGGACUCAGCUGCACGGGACUCUGCUGAGCCCAAAAAUGAAGUCCCGGGCAGGCGUCACAGCUCUACUGCUGCCCAUCGCCUUCUCCAUCAGCUUGGUCCAAGUAUGUAAUGGCGCUGCAAUUGCUGUUUCAUGUGGUUCCAUCUACAAGAGUUUUGCACAGUGUUUGCUGACACUCGGGGACAGUUUGGUGGAAACACAAAAAGACAAGGACACGCAGGACAUUGACACAAUCUGCAGGUCCUGGAAUGACUUCCAUAUUUGUGCCAACACGGCCAUGUCUGGCUGUCCCAGAGAAGCGGCAGCAGUGUGGGAGUCCCUAAGACAAGAGUCCAAGAAGGCCCAGUUCUCUGGAAACCUCUACAACAUGUGCGCCAGCCUCACCACACUGGCACCUAGCACUGUGCCAGCCCCACUGACCCCUCCCACCUUGGAUCAGACCAACCAGGAAACACUGAAGGGGAGAACGCACCAGUGGAGCCCCUCUCUCACCGCAAUGACCCUUCCAAUAUGUAGCACUUUAAUAGCGCUGCUCAGGAUCUAGCUUUAUAUUUUACAAUGGAAUCAAGCAGGUGAAUUUGCAUAGUUUUUUUUUUUUUUUUUUUUGCUGAGAGACAUUCGUGUGGCUGCUUGUUGUACAUACAGAAUAUACAGCAUAGUACAGUGUAUAUUCUGACCUGAGUGCUGAUAGAAAUGCAACAGUGGGGCUGCCCAGGAACAUCAAUUACCCAUAAGCCCUCUCGUCAUUUAGGUGACCAGAUCAAGAGAAGAAUAAAGCCAGCUUUAUUCCUUUAAAUCACAAUGACAGUCAACAGUCAGAGAGAGUUGAUCCAAACACAUGAACACGGAUCACAGGUCAGGAGCGUUUGUGAUUAGGUCUCAAUCCUAAAAUCAGGAUUUCAGAGAGCGAGUCAGAAAGACUCCUUGUUACUUUUGUUUCAGCUUUAAAAUGUAUUUUAGCACGAUCAGAUUAAAUGCCUCUCUCUCUGAGAGAAGCCAACCUAAUUGAAAUAUUUUUGGUCAAGACAAGUGGACUGCAAACAGCUGCCAGCUAUUGACUGAACUUACUUUUUUUGGUAAAAAUUUAAAAAUAAAGCCAGGACAAAUUAUAUUAUUGAGAUAUAAAUCAAAUCUCUUCAGAAAUAACUCCUUAUUUUUUUUCCCUAAACACAUGCACAUUUUGAGUAUGAGUCAUUUGUACCGCAACGGCGCGAUGUGUUUGUUGUAACGCUUUAAAAAAAAAAAAAAAAAAACCUUACAUUUCUCUCUUUUUGUGUUGGUAGUUGGAGCUGCUCUACUACGUCAACAGACAGUCGAUUAACAGAGAAUACCUUUGAGACAUAAAAACAUAAAAACAAAGUCACUGAGCAAUAAAAGGUUACCAGUAAUGGGGUAAUGACGAUACAUUCAUUUAAAAAAUUUUUUUUUGACAAUUGUGCAAAUGAUGCCGAGUCCUCCAGCAAUUUGGAGUAGUUUGAAAAAACUAAUAAAACAAUAGUCUGGUACAGUGCCAUUGUGCAAAUGGUGCAGAGACUUCGAGAAAUGUAUGCAGUUUAAAGUGACUAGUAGUGCGAUAAUCUGGAACAGUGUCAAUUGUGCAAAUGGUGCAGAUACUUCUCAAGCACAUGAGUGGCCAGUAUUGGUGAACAACAGAUUUGCAAGUCGUGCAGAGUGGCGAGACUACUACAUUGAGUGCACAAAUAAUGCAGAAUUGGCCCAACAGAGACGUGACAACAAUCUCAAGACUAAAUUGGCUGCAUGUUACAAUGUAAUUGUAAGUUAACUGUUUAAGAAGUUAAUGGCAAGAGGGAAGAAGCUGUUGGUAUGUCUUCUACUUUUGGUUUGCAUUGUUCGAUAGUAGCGCUCCCGCUGGAGACUCCAUUGUUCUGUUGGGGGACUUCAAUGCUCACAUGGGUAAUGACAGUGAGACCUGGAAGGGCGUGAUUGGGAGGAACGGCUCCCCCCCGAUCAGAACCCGAGUGGUGUUCUGUUAUUGGACUUCUGUGCUCGUCACGGAUUGUCCAUAACGAACACCAUGUUCAAGCAUAAGGGUGUCCACACGUGCACCUGGCACAAGGACACCCUAGGUCACAGUUCGAUGAUCGACUUUGUGGUCUUGUCAUCGGACUUGCUGCCGCAUGUUUUGGACACUCUGGUGAAGAUAGGGGCGGAGCUGUCAACUGAUCACCACCUGGUGGUGAGUUGGCUCCGAUGGUGGGGGAAGAUGCCGGUCCGACGUGGCAGGCCCAAACGUAUUGUGAGGGUCUGCUGGGAACGUCUGGCAGAAUCCCCCGUCAGAAGGUUUUUCAACUCCCACCUCCAACAGAACUUUGCUCAUGUUCCGGGGGAGGCGGGGGACAUCGAGUCCGAGUGGACCAUGUUCCACGCCUCCAUUGCUGAGGCGGCCGACCGGAGCUGUGG